GCCUGGUGGUUUGGCUCCUCGGGAUGUUCUUCUUGCCUCCUCCAGACCAAACCCCAAACCCAGGCACCCCAAAUCCCACCAAAUGCCUGCUGCCCAAUGACGGCUGCUCCCCUCCUGCUCUAGCUCCACCACUCGGGCUUCCUUGUCGCCGCAUUGCGGGGCCGGCGGCGGCCGCGGGCGGCGCCUUACCCUCCUCCCCUUCUUGGGGGCGAAACAAGCCGCCGGCCUUGGCGAUUCCUGGCCACCUGUUUUUUUUGGGGGAAAGAAAAUCCAUUUACCGCUGUUUCUGAUGUUCUUGGGGGCCAAUUCGUGAGGUGGGCGCCGGCGAAGUUCGAGCUAGCUUGCCGAGUUUUGGGGGCUUCUCAUCCUCUGCGGGAUCUUCGGUCCGCCGCCGCCGACGCCGCCGCUACCCGGUCUUGUACUCUGGUGGAGUGGAGAUCCACCUGGAUGUGGAGGAUUGGUUUUUGGAUUGUUCAAUCAUAUUGAGGUGUGGAGAUGGAGAGCCUUCGGUGCUGCUGUUGAAGAAUUAGGGCGAGUCUUUGACUUCUCCCGAUGGACAAGCAUGGCAACCCCAAGAAUGGGGAGGUGGAUAACUUUCGCAGGAUGAUUCUUAAUCAGAUUGCUGGGGAUGAGGAGAAUGUGCCUUGCAAUACUCCAAGAAACUCUGUUCACUCCUCGUUUGGUGGCUCAUCAGGCAGGGCUGUUGCUUCUACUAGCAGCAGCCUCAACACUGAUUCGGUGAGCCCAGGCCCAGGCGAGUAUCUGAGGGAUCCUGGAUCCAUACUUAGUUUACAGCCUUGGAUCUUUAAGAGAAGCAGCUCAAAGAGCAAUAACGAAAGGAUGCAUGCCAGUGGCAGCAGGGCAUUUGGUACAGGCAAGAAUCUGGUGGAUUGCUUUCGAGAUGCUCAUGCUGUUGAAGUUUCUGCAAGGAGCCCUGGUCAUGUUUCUGGACCUGGAAGAGUUUGUGGAGCUCUUAGGAGCAGAUCUUGUGGGGAUUCGAUGAAGCCACUUGUGCUGAUGGACAACUCCUGUGUUCCACAUCUUUACAGUGAGAACUUUGAAAUUGAAGAAUGCACAUUUGCUCCGGUUCCCUCCCCAGCUUCUGCUAGGCCAUUCGUUGUAACAGAUGGGAGAAGAAUAAUUAGUAAAUCACGCUAUGAACCAGUGCCUGUACCCUUUAAUAUUGGAUUCGACAAGGAGGAAUUUAGAGACACCUCGAUGAUUCCAGGAAGCAUGAUUGGGAUCGCUCCUCUGCCUGGGCUGAAGAAAUUCAAACAAGAGGGCAGAGAAUCACGCACUGCAAGGCCUGGUGUGUCUGGUUCUCAGAGAAGUAGCAAAUCAUAUGGACAAUCAGGUUUACGUGAUCGAUUGCUCCUAUUCUCCACUGGGGUGAGCAUCGGCAUUCUAGCGUCUUCUCUGUCAAACAAGAAGGAAUUUGAUAUGUUGAAGGGCACAGUGAAGCGAAUGGAGAACUUGGUUCAGGAUUUACAAGAUGAGCUUGAGAUGAAAGAAGGUUUAACUGUGAAAGAAUUGCCUAAUGAAACUUCUGGCAAACAAUAUGAUGAUAAUAACAAAAUACAUGUUGAUCCGGAGCCGAUGAGCAAAAUCGAAGCUGAGCUUGAAGCCGAGCUUGCGAGACUGGAACUGAAUAUCACCUCAAAACGUUUGGAAGAAGAAACAUCCGACUUCAAUGAGGUUGACCAAGAGUUCAUUGGUGACAUUGUUUGUGGGGAACUGAAAGUUGAUAUGGUCCCUCGCGACCUCACAUAUUACAGCAGUGAAAGUGACCAUGGCAGGGACAGCAGAGAAAGUUCCCCAGAUUAUACACGUGGAACAAAUUGUCCUGUCUCACCUAGAGAUCUCAGCAUUCGUCUCCACAAGGUGAUUCAACAUAGGCUUGAAGACCGAAUCAAGGAACUUGAGUCAGCACUUGCCCAUAGACAGAAGCAGGCAUCAUUGCAGAUGAUGGUGGCUGAUCGAAUCUUCGAUGAACGAAUCUGCUCAAACAGUGAGUCGGGUUCUUCGUCCAACCAGGAAAGUCCCAUGUUCAUACAGGAAACUAGCUCUACAGCAGAACCCUAUUGUCUAAACCUAUCUGGAGACGCACUAGAAGCUUAUGACGAAGCUUACGAAGAAUUCAUGAGAAUUGCUGACUCCCCGUGCACCACAAGUACAAACGGGAAACCUCAGGUGACUGAAGAUUACUUGGUGGACCGUGGCUUGAUCUGGGGCCUGGAGGAGGACAGCUCUAGGAAGCCGAAAGAGGUGCCCACUUGGGAGCAAGUUCUGAAGAGUGUGGAUCCUAGCAGAGCUCAAGAGAGUGAUGGGGAUGCUGAAGAUGAGACUGAUGACGAUAGUAAAAUGCUGAUUCAGCAGAUUGUAGAGAGAACUAAACAAGGUUCACCUGUACUCAUUAAUGCUCAAAAACUUCUGUUUUCUGUGGAUCAAUAGGUCACUGGACUAUAUGGCAUUGCUUUUGAGAUGUCAUGCAGUGUAAAAUGAUCGAGGAAAGGGAAAUAUUGAUUUUUUUAACCUUCUGACAAUGUACUAUUAUUUUUUAUCUGUC